CCGACUUCCUCACCUUGCGCUCGUUCCCGCUCUGUGGGUCUCCUGGAGACUACACACCCCCAAAGGGAAGGGGCUCCAGCCUUUGCUUCUGCUCUGAGGAGACCCAACGUCCCAGCCACUUUUUGGCUGCUCUGCCCGGCCCCAAGACAAUGGGCAGUACCUGGUGCCCCAGAACAGGGAGCCGGGCCCCUUCUCGAGGAUGGGACGGGUAUUGCAGCACUUCUGGGCGCCUUUCUCCGCAGGUGCUGGGGCUUGUGCACCCAGAAUGCCAUCUUCUCCAGGAGCUGAAGAAGGAGGAGCUGGCGUGUGUGCCAGGGGAGCAGGAGCCAUCCAAUGGCACCGCAGGCUGCCAGAGGGACUGGGACGGUCUGCUCUGCUGGCCAGCCGUGGGUGCCGGGGCCUCAGUCACCCUGCCCUGCCCAGCCUUUUUCUCGCUCUUCAGCCCCAAGCCAGGAACGGUGAGGAGAGACUGCACGGCCACGGGAUGGUCGGAACCCUCCCCGCCAUACAUGGAAGCGUGCCCGGUGGAGGUGGAAUCUCUGGCUGAGGAGAAAUCCUACUUCUCCACGGUAAAGAUCAUCUACACCACAGGCUACAGCGUCUCACUUGCUUCCCUCCUCGUGGCCAUCAGCAUCCUAAUGAUGUUCAGGAGGCUUCGCUGCCCCAGAAAUUACAUCCACAUCCAGCUCUUCUGCACGUUCAUCCUCAAAGCUGUGGCCGUUUUCGUCAAGGACGCCAUUGUUCUCCAAGAGGAGUCCGAGGUUGACCACUGCACCUUCUCCACGACCGGCUGCAAGCUCUCCGUGGCCUUCUCCUACUACGCCACCAUGACCAACUUCACGUGGCUCCUGGUCGAGGCCGUCUACCUGACGUGUCUGCUGGCCACGGCCUUCCCCAACGGGCCCAGGCACUUCUGGUGGCUGGUUCUCGGGGGCUGGGCCACCCUCCACCUGCUGCCACACUGUGUGUCCCCCACUGCCUGCUGCCACACUGUGUGCCCCCUACCUCCUGCCACACUGUGUGCCCCCCACUGCCUGCUGCCACACUGUGUGCCCCCUACCUCCUGCCACACUGUGUGCCUCCCACUGCCUGCUGCCACACUGUGUGCCCCCUACUGCCUGCUGCCACACUGUGUGCUCUCCACCUCCUGCCACAUUGUGUGCCCCCCACUGCCUGCUGCCACACUGUGUGCCCCCUACCUCCUGCCACACUGUGUGCCUCCCACUGCCUGCUGCCACACUGUGUGCUCCCCACUGCCUGCUGCCACACUGUGUGCCCCCCACUGCCUGCUGCCACACUGUGCAGCCUUAGCUGCCUUGUUUUUUAUUCACAAGUUCUAUGGAUCUCCGGGCCCUGCUCCUUUCCCUCAGCGGCGCUCACACUCUUAUACACUCGGACAGCCCCCCCCCGCCCCCGCCCCAGCGGCGGGGGCCUCCGGAAGGCGGGCAGAGGGUGCAGGGGCGGGGCCCUGCGGGCACGCGGCAGCCUCCCACCGGGCACCGCGCUGCUGUUCUACCCUUGCCUCCCCCUCCCCCCCACUGUUCUAUCCUUGCAGGUGCUGGGACAUGAACGAGGGCUCCCCCUACUGGUGGAUCAUCAAAGGGCCCAUCGUCCUUUCAGUUGGGAUCGCCUUCGGCCUCUUCCUCAACAUCGUCCGCAUCCUGCUCCAGAAGCUGGACCCGGGGCAGGGCAGCCUCCACAGCCGCGCCCAGUACCGGCGGCUCUCCAAGUCCACCUUGCUCCUCAUCCCGCUCUUUGGAACCCACUACAUCCUCUUCAACUUCCUCCCCGACGGCGCCGCCACGGGCCCGCGCCUCUGCCUGGAGCUGGGCUUCGGCUCCUUCCAGGGCUUUCUUGUGGCCGUUCUCUACUGCUUCCUUAACCACGAGGUCCGAGCGGAGCUGAGCAGGUGGUGGCGCAGGCAGGACCACGGCCUCGGGCUGCCACGGAGGGCACCCACAUCUGAGGGCUAGAGCCCAGCGCCCGCCGCCCAAAGCGCCCCCUUCAGCGCGUCCUUCCUGCUGCCCCUGACCUUUCCUCCCUCCCCUCGGCCUCAGUGCUGUGCUCAGACAAAGUGGAGAGGCCGGAGGAGGAGGGAAGGCUGGGCAUGGGGAGGACGGCACUCUCCCAACCCCCGGAGAGCCACGAGUCAGUGAGCUUUCCUUCUCUUAGGCCCCCCUCUCCAGGAAGCCCGCCUGGCUAGCUCUCCCCUCCUCCCGUCUCCCAGCCCUGGUCACCCUGUGCCUUGCAUAGCAGCUGCAGUGGGGAAGGGCGGUGGGAGCUCCGGUGUAUCCUGGGAGGUGGCCCAGGGCCCCGAGCCUUGGAGCAGACUGUGAACUUCCCGAGGGAGGGGUCUCCGCCUGCUUCUGCCCGCCCAGAGUCGGGUCGGGGGUCCAGGAGUCACAGCGAGCAUCCCUGUAUAAUACCCUCCUGCUCUCCUCCCUCCUCCCUUGGUGUCUGUCCUGGAGCUCUGCCCAAAGGCCGGAAACUCGCACCUGUGGCCCAGAGAGAUCCUCGAGGGAUGGGCUAUGGAUGCUAAGGGAGAGCAUUUUCUACAAGAAAUGACCAGCAGGAGGACUUUAGGGAGGCCGGAGAGACUGACAGGAACUGAGGCUGAGGGAAGUGGGCGGGAGCAGGAGAGCAUCACAUACUUCAGCAACAAGACCCUGCGAGGAUCAAUUCUGACGGACAUGGCUCUCGUCAGCAAUGAGCUGAUUCGGGCCAGUUCCUGUGGCCUCGUGAAGAAGAGCCGUCUGCUCCCAGAGAGGAUUGUGGGAACGGAGUGUGGGUCACAGCACCGCAUUCUCCCCUUUUUCUUGUUUGCUGCGUGUUUUCUUUCUCAUAUUUUCCUUUUUGAUCUGAUUUUUCUUGUGCAACAUGAUCAUUGUGGAAUUAUGUGCAGAAUUGCCCGUGUUUAACCUAUAUUGGAUUACUUGCCAUUUGGGGAGGGGACGAAGGGGAAAGAAAGAGAAAAAAUUGGAGCACAAGGUUUGCAGGGUGAAUGCUGAAAACUCUUUUUGCCUGUGUGCUGCAAAUAAAACUUAUUAUCUUAAAGAAUUAAA